CCAAGCGCAGGGGACAAGUCCAAAGCUGGCCUGGCUGAGAACGCCAAGAGAGAAACGAGAGACCAGCUACCUAUCUAUCCGCCAUGGACGCGGCCUGCGACUCGCCGGAGCCGGAGCAGUCCUCCUCCGAGUCUGGCGAGAAGAUGAAGAAGGUGUACGUGGCGGUGGGGGCCGGGGCCGACUCCAAGGCCAUGGUGCUGUGGGCGCUGCACAAGUUCCCCAGAGACUCCGGCGCCGCCUCCUUGGUGCUGCUCCAUGUCUACCCCCAACCCAAGCUCAUCCCCAUCAUGGGUGCCAGGAUCCCUGCUAGCCAGGUGCAAGAGCAGGAGCUGAUUGCAUACAAGAAGAUGGAGCUACAAACAAUCAGUGACACUCUGGAUCAACACCUGCUAUUAUGUGCACAGGAAAAGGUACAAGCUGAGAAGCUGGUGGUGGAAUCAGAGGAUGUAGCAGAGGGACUGGUGCAGCUCAUCGCCAUGCAUCAUGUCACUGCUCUUGUCAUGGGGGCAGCAGCUGAUAAGCAUUACACAAAGUAUGAAAUUGUCAAAGAAUUUGACGAGGCUGACAUAAAAUUCCAGCAUAUGCUCAGGGAGUUGGAGAGUGUAAAAAAGCAAGCUUAUGAAGAAAAACACGGUCGUGAGAAAGCAGAACAAGAUUUAUUUCAGGCUUUCCAAAAAGCACGAGUCUCCGAGAAUAUGUACUUAGGAGAAGUGAAGCAAAAGAAUGAAAUCGAGGAAAAGUUGGCAACAGUAAUGGAGGAAAUUGAGAGUCUCACAGAAACAACUGAUGGACUUUGUGCAAAGCUUCAAGAGGAACGCAAGAAAAGAUCAGCCCUGGAGAAAAGAACUGCCCAUUCUGACCGUAUCAUCAAGGAUUUGCUGUUGCAGCGCGACAAGGCUGUAAGAGAGGUAGAAGCACUACAUGCAAAGAAAGGAGAGUCCAGUGCAACAGCAGAGGGGACGAUGCACAUCACGGAGUUGUCCAGCUCAGAGAUUAAGGAUGCAACCAACAACUUUGACCACUCACUGAAGAUUGGAGAAAGUGUUUAUGGAAGCGUGUACAAGGGAUUUCUUCGGCACACAAAUGUAGCCAUAAAGAAGUUGAAUCUCGAAAGCACACAGCCAGAGUCACAGUCACAGUCGCAGUUCAAUCAAGAGAUAGAGAUACUCAGUAGGGUGCGACAUCCAAACCUGGUCACUCUUAUUGGAGCUUGCAAGGACGCUCAAGCUCUUGUCUACGAAUACAUGCCGAAUGGAAGCUUGGAUGACCGCCUGGCUUGCAAGGACAAUUCUAAACCUCUUAGUUGGCAGCUGCGCACCCGCAUCAUUUCCCAUGUUUGCUCGGCACUCAUCUUCCUCCAUUCAAAUAAACCCCAUAGCAUUGUCCACAGUGACCUGAAAGCAUCUAACAUUCUUCUAGAUGGAAAUAAUGUAGCAAAGCUCAGUGGUUUUGGCGUGUGCCGAAUGAUCACUGAUGAGUUCAGGGACACAACCACUCUAUAUAGGCAUACCCACCCAAAGGGAUCUUUUGUGUACAUUGAUCCUGAAUAUGUUAUGACUGGUGAUCUAACACCGCUAUCUGACGUAUACUCUUUCGGAAUCGUGCUCCUGCGCCUCUUGACUGGAAGACCAGGAUUCGGGCUGUUGAGAGAUGUGCAACGGGCUGUGGAAAAGGGUUGCUUGGGAGCAAUAUUGGAUUCAUCUGCUGGGGGCUGGCCAGCUAUGCAAGCUGAGCAAUUGGCUCGGGUAGGUCUGAAAUGUUGCGAGAUCAGAAGAAAAAACCGUCCAGACCUGCAAAAGGAGGUUUGGACUGUAAUUGAACCAAUGUUGAAGCCUGCUUCCAUUAUGUUGUGUUCCUUGUCAUUCAAAUCAGUAUCAGAAGACCUUGGUGGUGUGCCACCCUACUUCAUCUGUCCAAUACUACAGGAUGUCAUGAGGGAGCCUCUAAUUGCUGCAGAUGGCUUUACCUAUGAAGCCGAAGCUAUAAGGGAGUGGAUUGACAGUGGCCACCAUACAUCACCCAUGACAAAUCUUGAGCUACUCCACCGUGAUCUUUUGCCAAACCAUGCCCUCCGUUCUGCAAUCCAAGAAUGGCUGCAGACAGAUGCACAAUAAAUGUUAUUUUUAUCAUCAUGGAACUUACAAAUGAACUAAUACUAUGUCCUUAACUUCUUUACACAAAACAAUAGGUGCAUACCUUACGAAUAAGUAAAAAUAUACACAUCAUUAUUGUUUUGCUUUUCAGCAAAAUUUUGUAUCUAAAAUAUAAUAGACUUGGAGCUCCAUCAGCAGCAUGCCAGUGUUUGUACAUGGAUCUGUACAGUCAAAACUGUCUUGGUGAUAAUAUUGCUGUCACAUGCUACAUGGGUACUGCACUAUG